UUGCACGGCAACUAUGCUCUUACAAUAUUGAUCCUCCUUUUGAUCGAUAACAUCGGUGGUUAAUUCCUUCUUUGAUUCCCUCAUUCUAUAAGUUCCUCAAUUUCAUCUCUAAUUUUCUUUCCAUGGAGAUCAAACCCACCUCAGAUAUCCAUCUUCCUCCUGGAUUUAGAUUCCAUCCAUCGGAUGAGGAGCUUAUAGUCCACUACUUGAAGAACAAAGUAGCUUCAAGUCCUCUUCCAGCUUCUAUUAUUGCUGACUUAGAUCUCUACAAGUACAAUCCAUGGGACUUGCCAAGUCUGUACUUAGAGAAAGCUUCUUUUGGUGAGGACGAAUGGUAUUUCUUUACACCAAGAGACAGGAAGUACCCUAAUGGAGCAAGACCAAAUAGGGCAGCUGCCUCAGGUUAUUGGAAGGCGACAGGGACUGAUAAACCAAUUCUUACUUCCUGUGGGGCGACUAAUAUUGGUGUCAAGAAGGCUCUUGUGUUUUACAAAGGACGGCCUCCUAAAGGAAUUAAAACAGAUUGGAUCAUGCAUGAAUAUAGAUUGCUGGAGACAUUGGCCUGGAAUCCUAAGAAAAAAGGUUCUACGAGGCUGGAUGAUUGGGUGCUCUGUCGAGUUAGAAGAAAAAGCAGCCUCCCCAAGGGCACUUGGGAUGAUGGAAAUGUUCCUAUUUAUAAUGAACCUGCAGGUGGCUACUUCCCAAAAGUGAAUGACUCCAACAUUCCAUACAAUGAUUGCCCAAUGUUACCUUACAUCUUUGCUUCACAGAAUUUUUCUUGCAUUGGAAAAGCUUCAACCUUUAGCUUCCAAACUAAUGAGAAACCUUGCACUUCAUUACUGUAUGAAGGGCUUUCUGAUGACAAAAAUUUUCACUUCUCGAUUACUUCUUUCGACAACUUAUUUAACCCACUAAAAAGAAAGCAGAAGAGUUGUGUUCAACCUAGCAAGAAAAUCACCAAGGGAAAUAUUGAGAGCGAGGACGCUGCUUUAACUAUUAGCGAUAAUGGAACUCGUGUGAAUUUUUAUGGAACAGACCUUUCUGAAGGUAACAAUUUCAGUUCUGUUCAAUGGAAUUCUCUCAUGCAACAUCAGGAGCUUGAUCAAUUAGCUUUCACAGGGAUUGAAUAGAGGGAAAAAGAUACAUACAUGCAUGUGUAUGUGUAUGCAUAACUUAAGUAUAUAGAUGUCGUAGUAUGUGCGUAUACAUAUAUAAUGGUGAGGUUGUCCGCCAUUGCAGCCUAUAUUUUGAUUAGUUAGCUUAGCUAGUACAUGUUACUUGUGACAAAAAAGUUGUAACAAAAAUAAAAAUUAGAUAUAUAUGGAAUAUGGUGAUUCUUUUCUUAA